AGCAUGCCCAACCUAACGGUGCCUCCUUACUUUAACCUCACCAUGUUCGUGAACAUCGGUCCGUACCGCUACCCGGCGUUGGCCGCGUGCCUCCUCCUUUACGUCUUCAUCGUGUGCGCCAACUGGGCCGUCGUGCUGACGAUCUGCCGCGAGAAGAGCCUUCACGAGCCCAUGUACAUAUUCGUCGCCAGCUUGUCCUUCAACGCCCUGUGCGGCUCCACGGGCUUCUUCCCCCGCUUUCUGCUGGACCUGGCCUCCGACACGCACCUGAUUUCGCGCGCCGCCUGCUACACGCAGAUCUACUUCAUCUAUACGUACGCCACCAAUGAGAUGACCACGCUGUGCGUCAUGGCCUACGACCGCUACCUGGCCGUGUGCCACCCGCUGCACUACCACACCAGGAUGACGGUGAAAAAGGCCCAGACUCUGGCCGGCCUGGCGUGGCUCUUAUCUGUCUUUAUCCUCUUCACGGCCAUCUACAUGUCAGCCAAGCUGCCACUGUGCGGCAACAAGAUCCAGAAGGUGUUCUGCGCCAACUGGAACGUGGUCAAGCUGUCGUGCGUGCCCACGGUGGUCAACAACGUGGUGGGCAUGUCCAUAACCAUCUGCACCGUUUUCUUCCCGUUGGCCUUCGUCUUUUACACGUACACACGCAUCAUAAACGUCACCUGGAGAAGCUCGGCCAAAUUCAAAGGGAGAGUGUUCCAGAGCUGUUUGCCGCACAUGAGCUCCUUUGUCAUUUAUUCCAUCACCGUGUUUUGUGAUAUUGCCCUGAGCAGGUACAACAUAGAGGAGAUGAACCCCUUCGUGGCCAUCAUCUUAUCUCUGGAGUUUGUGUUGAUUCCGCCGCUCUUCAACCCUCUGGUGUACGGUAUGAAGCUAACGGAUAUACGCAGAAACAUCUUCAAGAUGCUGUAA